GGUUACAUCGUUCCUUGUCAUCUGCCUCGCUUGGAAUUUAUAGCAUAGCUCCUCUCUUUUACCUCUUGCCUUUCACCUUCUCUUCGUGUCCUGCUUUUAGCAUAUUCCAUCGACUUUCCCUCGCGAAAUUCACGCCCAUCCUCGAAAGCAUGUCCCCAUUCCGCUUCGUUGAACCUCUCCCCACGGCUUCUACCACCGGUCGAAGACAGGCCCUCUACGGUGCAAGAACCGCAGCUACCAAUACUGCUGGCCUUCGUACCGACACUGCCAACGGUGGUUCCUCAAGACGCAUAUCCUCUUCGUGCCACAGACAAGGCUGUUCCAGCGCCAGAAACACACCUGCGUGCCAUAGCAGUGAAUUUGCCAUUUUCAGCUUCGAUGAGGAAUUGGAAUAUGAACUCAGGCGCGAGAAAGAGGCAGCUCCGGUCUUUCACGUUGGAAGGAAUGGCGACGCAAAUAUCUUUCGAGACAGUCAAUCCAAUUACACGAAUAGCUGCAACUACAGCAGUAAUUUCCCUCGAAAGCAAAGUACAACUUCUAGUAUGUCGUCAAGCAAUCAGUCCACGAACUUGGAGAAGACGACGUGGAUGAAGAGGGAUACCGGCUCGUGGCGAUCGAGUUUUAAUCACCUUCAUUCAUAACAUAUAUCUCCAUCUUUUCACCUACACUUUCGACUCUCGAGGUCCUUCGCCGAUUCGAUUGUCUCCCUAGACCUAUUUCUUUCUAAUACCUUUUUUACUAUAUCUUUUCUAACGACGGACACGAGAUUUUACGAGCACGCAUACUACUAAGUUGCAACAUUUGACUGCAUCUUCUUACACCACCUUUCCAUCAACGCAUCUUCAUCCUCGCCCAAGAUCCUCUACACCAAUCCUACGGCCUGCAACCUCUAUUGUUUGAAAUAAAAAAAGUGCUUGGGCUUCGGCUACUCCUGUCUCUCAUCAGCAUUUGGAAUAUGAAUAGAGUAGCUCGUACGAGCUCAUAUGUAGGUUAAUAUCUUAAAAACUGAUUUAGGAGUCUAGAAUAGCUAGACAAA